GGGUUUGCCUCGCGAGGUUGGUAUUACAAUCGCAUUCGUAGCCCCAUGCUGAGCACCGGAAUGAGAUCGUGGGCCGUGGGCCUGCUGGCGAUGGCCGCCAUCGUGUCCACAUCCGCCAGGGAUGGGGGCGCAGCGAGCCGCAUUGAGCCGGCGGCUCAGCCCGUCUACUACCUAAUGGCGGAUGCGGGACCCUCGGUGACUCCAAAUGAGCCGCUGAGACGCACCAACCGCUCGCUGCUGAAGUGGUGGGACGAUCUGUUUCCCCGCAACACCAACUGCUGGCUGCCCGAGCUCUUCCCCGCGCCCAAUCCCUGUGGCCAGUGCGGCGGCGGCUUCGGCCUGCUGCCCCAGCUGCCACAGCUGCAGACCAACUAUGUGGCACCGCUGAGCCCCGUCUUCGGCGGCAGUGGUUGUGGUGUGGCACCCAACAACUGGUUGGACAAGCCCGGCGAUGGCGAUGCGGGCUAUGACGCGCCACCAGCUCCGGCACCGCCUGCUCCGGCACCGCCAGCUCCAACCUACGAAGUCCCGGCACCACCGGCUCCAACCUACGAAGUCCCGGCACCACCUGCUCCCACUUACGAAGCGCCUGCGCCUCCACCAGCUCCUGUUUACAAUCAGCCAACUCCAAUCUACAGCCCACCCGAGGAGACACUCGAUGCCUAUGAGAAGCCCAAGGAGUACGCAAGGCCAAGCUACGCUGGGCAAGAGCCGGCAAAAAUAGUUUUCCAACCCAUCAUCUACGUCUCCACUCCGCUGGCGCCGAAACCGGCCAACCAGGUGGUGGUGGACGACCAGGUUUACGUCAGCCCGACACCAGUACCACCACAGGAAUCCUAUGCCGCAGCACCAUUGCCGCCGAGCUGUCAGCAAGCAUAUGCUCCGCCCGCGCCCACGCCCCCGCCCACGCCCGCGUGCCAAACGCCAUUUGGCCUAUCACUUUUGGAUCAGCCGUACCGUGUGGCCCCGGAGCUGUUUAGGGAAUACAACUAUCGCUUGUCUUUGGCUUCCCAGAACGUACUGUAGCUAAGGAAUGGCUAUGUUGAUUGACGAACCUGUAAAUAAAAAAAAAAAACUGAAAAAAA